AGAAAAGAUUGCUGGGAGCCACGCCACGCUGAUCCAGGACUUGGACCAUCUGAAGAGAGCCGGAGAGGAUCAUCGUGUGACCAUCGGCAACAUCAACACCCGCGUUUCGCGCAACUCGUGCCUCGACGUCUCUGCACAUGCCUACUCGAUCUUUGGAAACAAUGGUCUGGUGAACGCCAAGAUCAUUGUUGAAGCCACGACCGCGUACGGCCGCGAGCUCUCGAUCUUCACGAUCGACACAGCCGGCUACUACUCGCGUACGGGUUUCACAAAGACGAGUAGGGAGGCGAGAACGGAGAGCCCGAGGAUGAGCAAAAUGAGGGAAGAUGUUGUUAGAUGGGCGAGAGGGCUAGGUACGAAGAGAUGCUACGAGUACCGGGCAAGUUGGAUGGAUUAUUUUUCCAUCUCCAAUUCACACACCCCAUAGUCCAGAACCAGACAAUGAUCAAGCCGAUCCAACAUCCGCGUCUGAGAGAAACAACGAGUUGGUGAUGUCGACAUUGGAGGGCAUCCGAGAGUCAGUUGAGUAUCUUCGCUCACUUGAGAUGGUUCUCGUAGACCGGAAAGAGAAAGAUAUGGCAACGAGACACUGGAGGGCGGAACGCGAGAAAUUCGAGGAGAUGUAGUGGAAGGAUCAGAUCGGCACGCGUGCUUCGACUGUGAAGCACGAAUGUGAGCUCUCCGCGAUCAAUGAGCAGGCGAAGGCCGUCGCGAGCGCAAGUUCGCGACUUGAGACUCACUUGCUCUAUAUGAAUCGUGAGAAAGCCGCAUCAGUGGAGACUAUCCGACCAACACCCGCGAAUUCGAUCGUCAAAGCACCACCAGUGCCUCUCAAAAAGGAAGAGAAACCGGUUCAAUCAUCCGCGAAAGUCCCGACAAUGGGCAGAUUUUGCAUCUUCUGCAAAACCACCACCCACGAAUCCAUCGAAUGCAAUUCUCACAAGGAAUCGACUCAACGCGUGAGGUGUGCAAGAAGAAAUGGAUAUUGCGAUUUGUGCUUGUUGUCGUACGUGAUUUCGGAGGAUGGACACCACAAGGGCUGCACGGGACUCAAUGUCACCUGCAAGUACUGCCUGGCACGCCCCGAUUUCGCCUACGAUGCCGAGCACAAUGAAGUCUUCUGCGCAGUGCGUUUCAAGAACACGCAAAAAGGAAAGAAGGAUGGAGCAAACAGCACCCGCGGUUCAGCUGAACCCGCAGCCCCGGAGCAACCGCACAAGAAGAGGAGAAAGAGAAAGGCGACAAGGGAUGACAAGGAGGAGAGUGCUCAAUCCACCUCCGGAACACCCAGCAAUAAGAUUGACUGGGCAGUAUCAGGAGAUGGAAAGAGUGAGAAGGCGGAGCAAUAGCUCUGACCUUCAAUCCACUACUACCACCCGCGAGUUGAAUGAUCUUCUUUAAUGUUGUUGUUACUUGUUAUUAAUUUGUUAUUUUUUAAUUUGUUAACUUAAUUUGUUCUACUUAUUUCCCUUUCCUACCCAAUGGUUCCAUCACCUGCGUUUAUCUCUUAAAACCCUCACCAAUCACCCGCGUCUUUCACUCUUUCUCCCCGGUCUAAUUACCUCUGUCAUAGCAGGAGGGUCUGUAAAAUCGCUAUAAACUUUCCCCCCAAUAAAACCGUUACAAAUAGCCUU